AUCUUAGAGACGCAGAGGGUUAACUUCAAGCCCCCACCAAUACCACCACCACCACCACCACCCACAUCUCCAAUUUGAAAGCCGCCUCUCUACCGGGAGAGGAAGGCUCUUUUUCGGUCAGAUGGCGUGCUGCAGUCCGCCCCCGUCAUUCUCCAGCCCACACAGACAGGGCAGCCAGCAACCAAUACGGUGCGCCGGAGGAGGAUUUCUGCCAGUGAUUUCAGACGAGCUACGAUACGCAAAGGGGAUCUACUACGCCACUUUGAGCAGGGGAAGCUUUCGGAAAAGGCAACAGGUUUCACUCCGCGAGUAUCGACCUAUGCUGUGACAUCGCGUGGUUGGAGACACCUUUCAGUGAUUACGCAGGUCCCCCUCUGUACCCAUUCGCCUACCUGACCUCGAAAAGAGCUUUGUGACAUGUCUUUGCCACGCACACUUGGGGAGCUGCAGCUGUAUCGGGUGCUGCAGAGGGCCAACCUGCUAGCCUAUUAUGAAACCUUCAUCCAACAGGGCGGUGACGAUGUGCAGCAGCUCUGCGAGGCGGCAGAGGAGGAGUUCCUGGAGAUCAUGGCACUAGUUGGCAUGGCCACCAAGCCACUUCAUGUGCGUAGGCUGCAAAAGGCCCUCAGAGACUGGGCUGCCAACCCUGCCCUCUUCAGCCAGCCCGUCUCCAAUGUUCCUCUGGGGGGCAUCCCACUGUUCAAAGUGGAAGGGACAGGAAGUGGACCAGCAGGCGGGCCCAGGAAGUCUGUGAGCAAUGGGCAGCCCGGGUCUCCGUGUGAGAGGGAGGACCGGGCCUGUCUUACUCCAAUGCACAGUGGCAGCCCAAGAAGCCCCUGCUCCCAGGCGUCCCCACAGCCACCAGACACACACUACAGAGAAAAACUGUCCCCCAUGGAUCCACACUGGCUCAGCCCAGAGCCUGAUGGGAACUACAGCUUGGCUUCUGCAUCUGGAGUAGAGGAGGAGCCGCCUAGCCCACAGUGUCCUCUGGGUCCCUGCAUAUCUCCAAUCCCCUCUGCAUCUUUCAACUCGACGGCCCUGUCAGCCUGGCCCGGAGGACAGCUGGACGGAGAGACUGCAAGGGCGGUGGUGGAGAGUGUGGAUAGGCUUCUCAGGACACUGCCAAGGUCAGAUCCUACAGAGGUGAAGACUCUGCUCCGGAUGAACAAGAAGAUGGCAAAAACUGUGGGUCACAUCUUCAAAAUGGGCUCCCAGGAUGUCAACAAAGAAGAAGAAAUUAGGAAGUACAGUCUCAUCUACGGACGCUUUGACUCCAAGAGGAGAGAAGGGAAGCAGCUUACACAUCAUGAGUUGAUCAUCAAUGAAGCUGCAGCCCAGUUCUGUAUGCGCGACAAUGCCUUACUGCUGAGACGGGUGGAGCUCUUUUCUUUGGCUCGGCAGGUGGCGAGAAAAUGUGCUUACACCUCCACACUCAAGCAUGCAAGGACAAAUGCAGAUGAGAACAACGUCCUGCUCCUGAAGAGAGCGAAACAUGAGGUCAUUGUGCCUGAGAGUGUGUCAUCUCUCCUCGGAGUGGACGGCUCAGAGGGCAUGACCCAGAGGGCAGAUGAUGACAGCUUAUCCACAGAAAGCCUCGACAGUAUCUCACAUGACAUCGGCUCCCAGUGCAACCAGUCGCCGUCCCCCAGGCCCCACUCCGAUACCUCUAACCCUGCCAACUGGAGUCGCCAUCUCAUACAACAAACGCUAAUGGACGAAGGGCUGCGAUUGGCACGGUUGGUGUCACAUGAUCGGGCUGGCAAGCUCAUCAUAGGAUCAGAAGGAACUCACUCUACAGGAGUAUGUGCUGGACUAUUUUCUGUCUGGAAGCUGCUUUUCACUUCUACCUUGAGGUUAAAGUGGAGAGGCGGAGCUCGAUAACAGCGUGUAGGAGCGGUAGUCCCUGCAUCACAAAAGAAGACUCUAAUCACCGAGGGAAAUGAAAUCGUCAGGAAACUUGUGCUCUCUUCCUGCCAGUGAACACCACCAGUCAGCAAUUUGGGCUGUUACUGGGCAGGUUUUCCGUGUAUACCUGCAUCACUUACAUCUGGACUCUCACUUACUUAAAAAAUCAAUCCGGUAAAUUUCAGAAUUUACGGCUGACUGGUUAAUUCAUAAAACUUUCCUGAUUACCAAGCACUGAUUCAUAAUGUUUGGUUAGACAAUUUAUCCAGUGAAAAUUUAGGGGAGACAUUUUUUACAUUUUUCUAAAUACACAGACAACAUGUACCCAAUGUUUUAUCAGAAGAAAAUGAAAAAACAUUUGUUUUUUUCAAAGGGCCAUUUGUUGAAAGUGAAUUUGGCUCUACACAGCAGGGGGCACUGCAACUUUCGAAAUUAACUAUCAUAACUCACUUCAGUUACUUACUGUAGUUAUGUAAAGUAAGUUUAAUUUUGUUGGAACCUUUUCUAUUCUUUUUUUUUAGUCAGUGCCCAGAUAAAAGCAGUGUAAUAACAUCCUGAAGCAGCUCCUCACACUCAGGAACAAAUGAAUGAACUAAUCUGAUUUUGAAGAGUUUGAUAUUCAUUAUGGUUCAAAGCUGAAGAAAACUAAAGUCAAUGCGGACUGGUAAAGCAGAUUUAAGGAGACAUGCUGAGGUUUAUGAGAUAUAAUGCCAUGGGAUAUAUUGAACCCCUCUCUGACAUCUUUCUGUUACCAUGUUUUUCAAAAGCAACUGGUGUGGCGUUUGUAAGAGAUGAGCCUUUUCAUUUUCUUAAAUGAUGUGAAAAUCGAUUGAGAACACCUUUUUGAUACUCAACAGCAUGAAAUAAGAAAAGUGAUGCUUAGUGGAGUUUAUUUCUCAGUUGCCUCUUGCAGCAUUGACAUCAGGUUUCUGGCUCAGUUGCAGUGUUUAAAUCAAGGACACUUUGACGAGGAGGUCAUGCUCUUCCCUCUCAAUGUUUACAUUUUCUUUUCUUUUUUUGCAAAGAAACACCAUUAUUCAGCAUUAGGGGAAAAUGCUUUCCAAAUUUCAAGAAAGGAUUUUCAAAGAAAUCUUCUGAAAAUCUGUAAGUAUAGAUUUUUAAAAUGUAGUUUGUCACUGGGAUGAUUUCUUUAGUCUUAAUAAUUAACUAUAGGUAACCCUUUUAUGAAUCACAUUAUUAGACACAGUUCUUCUGACCUGGCAAAUUAGGGGGAAUAAUCUUUCAAAUUGAAGACAAAAAACAUGCAAAGGUUCACAAAAUUAAGUCAUGGGCCAGAAUAGUACAAGUUUCAAAAGUUGCACAAUUACUUCAUCCAAUGACACAUUUCUUGUUGAAUAUGGUUAAAAAUGUUGUGAUUUUGGUAUACUUAAUAAGUAUAUCAGUGAGGUAGCUUGCUGUGCAUCACUCACACAUGCCUGUCACUUGAGCAUUAGUAACCUACUCAGUUUAUGUUGCAAAAAAGAUUAUUUAUUUUGUUACAUCUCAAUAAAUGUUAUUUUAUUUCUUAAA